UUACUGAACCAUAAUGUUUAUUUUCGCGAACAUUGAUUGCAAACGGCGUUAAAAAAAUCUGAAUGUUUCCAUGAAUCGUACUAGUUUUGCAUGCCUAAUCACCAGGCUUGCAUGGCUGCAUCAGACGGGGCUGCUGGUACGCUAUAUAUAAAAACGAAGAACACAACGAUAUAGUUUGUCACUUGAUUACAUUUAUUGUCAAUCUUUCGUGUCUUUAUCAUCAGGACUCCCCGAGGGCAUUAAAUUUAGAGAUUCUCAUUAUGACGGUGCAAUCUCUCAAACUCCUCAAUCUGGCCUUAACCAUCGCCGUCGCCCAGAUUCUACUCGCAGAUCCCCUGCAUGGAUGUUGCCACCAGACACAAACUCCAUGCACCCCUCCUCCUACUCCUGAUCCAUGCCGUCAAAUCCCCUUAGAGCAGAUCCAGACGAGUCAGAUUAUCGAAGCCAAGGAUCGCGGCAUCAUCGAUUACCUCCGCGCCGACAAGACGCGGACCUACCAAAACCAACAGCCGAUCAUAGAAGAGUUCACCACGGAGCAGCAGGCCCGAAUCUUGGAGGUGUAUGGAGGAUUUGGGAGGAACCGACAGGUCUAUGACACCCUUCUUUGGGACGGCGAAGGGGUCUACAACAACGAGACCGGCAACGAGACAGCACCUUACCCGGUACCAACCAAAUUUGUCCCCCGUAAACGCAGAGACGCAGUAGCAGCUCCAGGAGUUUCCAUCUGCCCUGUCAACAACAUCAUGACGACCCUCAUCACUGCAUUCAACACUGAUGAUGAGCCGCUACAGAUUGUCCAAUUCCCGGGAUUCAAUCAAUGGGUUCUACGUCAAAAGUGUGUUAAAUCAUUAUCGCCUCACGGUCAAUUGUCCGGAGGUUCGAGCUCAACACUGGUGGACAUCUCGUGCCACACCAUUCAGAGGGCCGUCUACCUCGUCGCUAUCCGUCUCGACGACAAUGUAACACUCGCGGAUAUCGAUGUUCAAGAAGUCCAAGUGGAGUCGUGUGCAAGUUUUGGACCGUAGUUGUACAUUUACCGAUUUCCCAUCAAGUGAUGCAUAUAUGCCUUCAAACUUGUGUAUGCGAAACGCUCCACCAUCAUAAAAAAAUGGUGUAUAAUGUAUAUAUUUCUACCUGACCUGAAUAAUUAUGUUAAGGUUUCAUGAACUAGGUCGAUACUUUCUAAGUUAUGACAUCUAAAAAACUUUAACCUCGGUUAAGAUUUCAAUGUUGACGUCGCCGCGGCUAGUCUCACUGUGCAUACGCAGGCGAGACAAAAAAUGCAUCAAUCAUAAUUGUUGUGUAUUAGAAAAAAAAAUGAAAAGUUCUCUUUUUACCAUAUAUUAUUGUUAUAAUUUAUUAUGUGGCCAAUUUUCACCUUUUCUCAAACGACUUUCCAUUUGGGUUUGUUUUUCCUUUAAAAAUGUGGACAAAAAAAUUAUGAAUGUAUAUGUCAUGAAUGGCUGGAAUAUGGAAAGCCAAUUAAACCAAAUGGGUUUUCAAAUAUUCUAGUGGCAUUGGCUGAAGUUGAAAUAAGCAGAUUUUGGUUUAUUCAUAUACAUUUUUUUUGUGCAAAGUACACUCUAAAUUCUAAGGAUAGAAAAUAAAUCCAGAUUGGCUGUGAAUAGUGACCAGCCGAAUAUCAGAUUUAGAUUUAAACCUUGUUGAUUUAGAAAUAAAUCUAAAAGAUUUGAAUUUAAAUCUUUUGAGAUUUAAAAGUUAAUCCUUAAGAUUAAAAAUAAAUUCAAAAUUCGUCUGGUCACUACAUUCACAGCCAAGCUUCAAGGAACUGACAGCAUUUUGUGAAAAGGAGAUUUUUCACUAUUUUUAAUAAGCCACUGAAAUUCUUGCAUCUGAUUGGCUCAGAGCAAAUUUUAGAGUGCAUACUUACCAAAAACUAUACAGUGUAUGAGACUGAAUUCCAUCUCCCUUAUUUAUAUGAAUUUUAUAUAUUUUUUAAAACUAUGUUAAGAAGAAAAAAAGCUCAUUCUAUGACUCUUCAUGUACCAGCAAUUGUUACUUUGUGUACAUCUAAACAAUAUUAUUUAUAAACAUGCUUUAAUUUGGCAAUGGCUUAGAUCACUGUAACAUCACAUUUACAAGAGCCAUUUAUUAAGGUAUGUUCCCCCCUCUCCCCCUGCUUCAAGGAACUGACAGCAUUUUGUGAAAAGAGAUUUCUUCACUAUUUGUAAUAAGCCACUGAAAUUCUUGCAUCUGAUUGGCUCAGAGCAAAUUAGUUGGUAAAAAUAACUGGUAAGAUACUUCAUGGAGCAUGCCCAAGAUGUCUAGCUGACAAUGAAAUGACAUCAUGUGCGUGCACAUCCAUGCCGUCAUAAUAUCAUAGCGCCCUCCCUCAGAGGAUGUAGUGAUUUAUGUGGAGCGAGUUGUCAGAGAUGCGCCAGCUGCAGAUCACCAAGGCAUGCAAGGCAAUGGCUUUAGCCUCUAAGAUGGCUGCGUGACGACAUCAUUCAUGCAUAAGGUCUAUUGCUCCAUGACAAUCACCAAUCAAGAUCAGAGGGACCAGAACCCUUGUAAUUAGAGAUGCUUUUUUUUUUUAAAUAUCUCUUGUAUACAAAUAAUUUUGUUACAUACUCUGUUUAUUGUAUUUUGCUAAUGUCGUUCAUGGAAAAGUUGCAGAAAUCAAUAAAUGAAAAUGAAACUUUCCAGUA